AUGGCCUCUGCUGAUAGACUGCGCAAGAACAAUAAGUCAUCAACCAGGAAGGCCAAGCGUGCUCCCUUGAGGAGGGCUCCCUCGAAAAACAGUCGAAAGGAAGGGAUCGUGGUGGGAGCAUCGGAUUUGAAAUGGAAGGCGGUUCAAGUCCCAGACACGUUAGGCGAUUUUGGUGGUUUUUAUGGGUUAGAAGAGAUUGAUGGUGUCGAUGUCAAGGUUGUCGAUGGUAAAGUGCAAUUCAUAGCGCGGGAUGAAUCGAAGGUUCGACAAUCAAAUGGUGGAAAUAGUUCGGACCAAGAAUCUUCCGAGGAAAAGCAGUCAGACGAAUUAAUCGAAUUUAAAAACCUCGAUGACGUCGACGAAGGUGAACUUGAAGCAUCAUCGUUUAGUGAAACCUCCGAUAUAUCUGCUGAUGAAACAAACGAGAAUGAGGAACAAGAGGCUGACGAUAACGCUAGUGCCCAUGAUGACAACGAUGAGUUGCAACCAAAUGUAUUUCAGACUGAUAUCGACCUAGAUGAUAUCGAAGUCAGUGAACUGCCAGAAUGGGGCAAGCUCGGUCCGCUGUCGCUUACAACUCUGCAAGGUCUUGCCAAACUGGGGUUUUCUAAACCCACAGAGAUUCAGUCGAGGGCUAUACCAGUUGCUAUGCAGGGUAAAGAUGUAAUGGGGAAAGCAGCUACUGGCUCCGGUAAGACUUUGGCUUAUGGUAUACCUGUCCUAGAGAGACUGGUGAAAAGUAAAAAUAAUACUUCUCCAGUCGCCUUGAUUUUCACUCCAACUAGAGAGCUUGCUCAGCAAGUGAAUAAGCAUUUACAGGCACUUGGUAAAGCAGUUUUAAAGAAUUCACCUUAUGCCAUAAUUCCUCUGACCGGUGGGUUGUCAAUUCACAAGCAAGAACGUUUGUUAGAUUACCAGGGAAGUGGAAGGAUUGUUGUCGCUACUCCAGGUAGGUUUCUGGAGCUUAUUGAAAGAAACACGAAGCUUUUAGACAGAUUUGCACGGAUCGAGACCUUAAUUCUAGAUGAAGCUGACAGAUUGCUCCAAGACGGACAUUUCGAAGAAUUCGAGAAGAUCCUUAAGCACUUGGGUAACAGUAGAAGGAAAAAUGUCCGUGAUCAAGGAUGGCAAACAAUGGUAUACUCUGCAACAUUUGCCAUGGACCUGUUCAGCAAGCUGUCAUCGACAUCAUGGUCAAAGAUGAAGAGAGAUAAGCACUCGGAUGAGAUGGAGGCUGUCUUACAGCAGCUGAUGAAAAAGAUACAUUUCAAAUCCAAACCUAUAAUAAUUGAUACUAACAGUGAGCAGCGAAUCAGCUCGCAGAUUAAAGAGUCACUGAUUGAAUGCGGCCCUCUAGAACGUGAUUUGUACUGUUACUAUUUCGUUACCAUGUAUCCUGGUACCACUCUCGUUUUUUGCAACUCUAUUGAUUCAGUGAAGAAGCUAAAUGCGUACUUGAAUCAUCUGAAAGUACCUACAUUUCAAAUUCAUUCUUCGAUGACCCAGAAGAAUAGGUUACGAAACCUGGAGAGAUAUCAACAGCAAUCUGAGAAGAAUCGAACCCUUAACAAGUCAACCGUUCUAAUAGCAAGUGAUGUGGCUGCUAGGGGAUUAGAUAUUCCGAACAUUGAGCACGUUAUUCACUACCACUUACCAAGAAGUGCCGAUGUCUAUAUUCAUAGAUCUGGUAGGACAGCUAGAGCUGAAAAGGAGGGAGUUUCGGUUAUGUUAUGCUCUCCUGAGGAAGCACAAGGUCCAUUGAGGAAACUUAGGAAAUUGUUGGCUUUAAAAAGCGGCUCGGAUGAGACAGCUAAUAAGAAGAAAAAAUGGCAGAAAACCGUUCCACUUCUACCUAUUGAAACCGAUAUAGUUACGCAAUUGAGAGAACGAAGCAAAAUAGCCAGCAAAUUGGCUGAUAACGAAAUUGCUUCCACAUCUUUAAAGAAAGAUGAUAACUGGCUUAAGAAAGCGGCGGAAGACCUUGAAAUUAAUAUAAGUUCUGAUGAAGAAGACAAAGAUGUCAUACUAGCCAAAAACAAAACAAAAAAGAUAAAUAAAACCAUUAGCAAGGAUCGCGUGAGGGGUUUAAAGGCCGAACUUGAUGAGUUGCUAGGAAGGCCAUUGCGGAAAGACCUAAGAAAGAAAUAUUUGACUGGUGGUCUCGUCAACCUUGCGGAUAAUUUGGUCAAAAAGAGAGGGCAUGAUUUUAUUAUUGGGCACGAAAAGGUAGAUGCCCUGGAGCAGCUUAAGAAGAAAAGAAGUAAACACUAA